AAUAAAUUGCAUAAAAGUGCUUUCGAAAUUGUAUUCGAACUUAAAUCGACGGAGAGUACACAUCAUUAGAAGAUAUUAGUGCGGUCCAGUACCUUCUAAAUCAAAUGGCUGGGCUGUCUAUCCACAAGUUUUGCGCAGCGUUUUUGCUGGUGAUCGGAGUUGUCUGCACCAAUGCCGGUUACACUGGAAAACCGGAAAUAGACAUGGAAAUAUGGACUUCACGCAAUAAAUUGUUGGACUCCAUGUUUGAAGAUUCGGUGAAUUUAACCGGAUAUGCUUUUGCAUGGAGUGAGGAAGUUUGUCAGAAGCUACUCAACGAGGAUAUAUUGCAGAAUAAAACAAGCGUAGAACCAGACGAUCGCGAAAUGUAUCUGAAUAUUUGUGUUAGGCGCACCGUGGAUCGUUUAGAGCCCACGGUAAGUCGUCGUGGCGAUCACCCAGAUGAAGUCCGAUUGCGCAAAUAUGGAUUUGAGGAUUUUCGAAAAGUUAUGGAUCAAAAAAAUGAACACUUCUUCGAAGAGAUGGUCCAGCGUAUGGAUGACUAUGUAAAGAGUUUGACGCCAGAGCAGCAAGGCAAAGAGACGGCGCGAAAUUUGAAGGGGUGGUCGGGCAAAAUUAAGAAUGCUCCGACUUUGGCCGGGAAAGUAAUGGCGUUUAGAAAAUGUAUGCGAUUUUAUUAUUUUGAGAGGGGUGUUUAAUAUAUCUGUUUAAAAU